GGGAGGUAUCCCGGCGGGCCGCGCGUGCGGCCGCGUUUGAAUGGCCCUGAGUGGGCUCGGCAGGGGAUUCAAGGGAUAGUCUGGGCGGCCGGGGCGCAGUCGGUCAGCGCCUGGGCUAGGCGGAGGCGCCGCGGUACCAUGAGGCGCCGGUAUUUAAGAGAUUAUGGCAUCUGAAACCCACAAUGUUAAAAAACGCAGCUUUUGUAAUAAUAUUGAAGAUCAUUUCAUUGAUGUUCCUAGAAAAAGGAUCUCUAAUUUCACUAAUAAGAACAUGAAGGAGGUUAAGAAAUCUCCAAAACAGUUGGCUGCUUACAUAACUAGAACAGUUGGACAAGCUGUGAAAAGCCCAGAUAAACUACGUAAGGUGAUCUAUCACAGAAAGAAAGUUCAUCAUCCUUUUCAAAAUCCUUGCCACAGAAAAAAGCAGUCCCCCAACAGCGGGGGCUGUGACAUGGCAAAUAAAGAGAAUGAGCUGGCUUGUGCAGGCCGCCUCCCUGAGCAAGUGCGGCAGGGUAGUCAACCAUAUCUGGUUAGCCCCAGUGAUUCUGGUUCUUCACAGACAGAAAGCCCAUCAUCAAAAUAUAGUGGGUUUUUUUCUGAGGUUUCUCAGGACCAUGAAACAAUGACACAGGUUUUGUUCAGCAGGAAUUUGAGAUUGAAUGUAGCUUUAACUUUCUGGAGAAAGAGAAGUAUAAGUGAACUUGUAGCUUAUUUGGUGAGGAUAGAAGACCUUGGAGUUGUGGUGGAUUGCCUUCCUGUGCUCACCAAUAGUUUACAGGAGGAAAAACAAUACAUCUCACUUGGCUGCUGUGUAGACUUGUUGCCUCUAGUAAAGUCACUACUUAAAAGCAAAUUUGAAGAAUAUAUAAUAGUUGGUUUAAACUGGCUUCAAGCAGUCAUAAAAAGAUGGUGGUCAGAACUAUCAUCCAAAACAGAAAUUAUAAAUGAUGGAAAUAUUCAGAUUUUAAAACAGCAAUUAAGUGGAUUGUGGGAACAGGAAAACCAUCUUACUUUGGUUCCAGGAUAUACUGGUAAUAUAGCCAAGGAUGUAGAUGCUUAUUUAUUACAGUUGCAUUGAGAGACUUCAUCUACUAAAUAGCAUUUGGUUAUUCAAAACAUCCCUGGACUAUAUGAUUUCCCAAAAAAAUGUCUCAACUGAGAACUGUGAACUGUGGAAGAAAUCAAAACCAUUUUUUCCUUUAAAAAGCCACAUAAUGAAACCACUAAUGAAACGCUAAGGAUCUACUUCACAUUGAAGUGGAAAAAUAUCCAAAAGGAGCAGCUUCAGCUUCAAUGAGGUGAAAGUGCACUAUGAAGAUUGUUCACCUUUGCUGCAGUUUGGGAUUUAUAUGGUUAUUUGGUAACAUUGUUUAAGAACUACUGGGUCUUAAUGCAAUCCUGCGUAAGAAUAUAAUUUAUACUAUGUGAAAAAUAAGACAGGACUUAUUACUAGGAACUAUAAAGACCAAUCACCAUUACUUUUUUUAAGAUUGUGUUUUAUAAGAAAACACUUAAAUGUGUGCAGCUACUAUUUUCUUAUGUUGGAAAGACUUUGAAAGUUUAAACCAUCAUAGCAAAUAAUCAAUACUAAAAGUUUUUUGUUCACACUGAGAUACUGUGUAUGCAGAAUGCCUUAAUUAUUAAUAAGCCAAUGUGUAUGAUACCAAUAUCUGUUUAAGAAAAUUAAAACCAACCAUGCUUCUGGCAUGAUAAAAUCAUGGAAUUAAAUCAGGGGUUUCCAUUCAUGUAGAAUGUUGUUGUUAAAACUUAUUCCACACCAUUCUUAAAACUUGAGAAUAUUUUUAGUAUCUCUGAUUUUUUUUUUUGCCAGAAUCAUGUCAUGUGUGUACGUGUUAUUCCCAUACAUAAGAAAAAGGUGAAUAUGUAUUUGUAUGAAUGCUUAACUGGAAAUGUCCAUGGAGUUGGCUAAUUUAUAUUCACUUUUUAUUGUAUAUAGAUUUCUAAUAUUUUCAGUUCUGUAUCAUUUAAGUUUUCUUCAUCUGAGUAAAUUCACUAAAUAUUUCUA